UGUUACACCGGAACUCAAAGUUCUGUCAUUUCCACUGGAUAGGCACGAGAAUGGCGUGUUUGUGUGAUGUGUUGAGUUUGUUUUAUUGAAGCGUGUUGUGAUCAGAAUAAAGAUGGCAGUGCGGAGCUGGAGACUCUUCAGACUCAGUGAUGCGCUGCUCUACAGGGCGACUGUUAUUCUGCCCCGAUCUGGAGCAGGAACAGCACCGGAAGGUGGUGCUGUUAUUCAUUGUGUGAGGACGGUCAAGACAUCUACAUGGUGGGAUGAACAUCUGACUGCAGAUAAUGUGGAGUUUCUAAAGAGAGACGUGACGGAGGAGUACAGAGCGCUCACUGCAGCCAAACUGAACCCUCUAAAGGAUGAACCGUGGCCUCGUCAUGAGUGGGAGGAACGGAGUCGGAGGGUUGGACUUGUGGCCGUUAAGUUGGGAAUGAUGCCCGUGUGGACCAAGUCAGGAGACAGGCACGUGGUGACCAUGCUGCAGGUGCAGGACUGCCAUGUGAUCAAGCACAUAUCUAAAGAUGCGUACGACGGUAAAUCUGCUGUUCUGGUUGUUGGCGCCAAAAACGUCUCUCCCUUUUAUCGGUCAGAGGAGUGCAUGGAGAUGUUCCAGAAUGCUGGAGUUCCCCCUAAACAGAAAACGACAAUGUUCCGUGUGACAGAAAAUGCCAUCAUCAAGCCAGGCACUCCUCUGUUUGCUGCACACUUUCGUCCAGGACAGUAUGUGGAUGUCACAGCCAAAACAAUCGGAAAGGGUUUCCAGGGAGUGAUGAAGCGCUGGGGUUUCAAAGGCCAGCCAGCUAGUCAUGGCCAAACCAAAACCCACAGGAGACCGGGCUCUCUGGGACCAGGAGGGGACCCUGCCAAAGUUUUCAAAGGGAAGAAGAUGCCAGGCAGAAUGGGGAACGUUUAUGACACAGCCUUUGGCCUGAAGGUUUGGAGGGUGAACACCAAAUAUAACCUCUUGUAUGUGAACGGCUCUGUUCCUGGCCACCGAAACUGCUUGGUGAAGGUACGAGACACCAUCCUGCCUCGACACCUAGAGAAGAACAAGAACCCUCCGUUCCCUACAUACUUCACUGACGGAGACGAGGAGCUCCCUGAGGACCUGUAUGCAGAUGACAUGUUUCAGUUUGGGGAACCUGUUCCUGAAUGAGGCCGUGACCCUACAAGUUCACCCCGAUUCCCUUAAUCUGAAGGAUCUGUUGCUGGACUGAGAUGAAAGUGUGAAUAAUACACACUUUAAAGCAGCCAGGCAGGAACAAGAAUUUCAACCACUAAACAGGACUGAAAAUGGAUACUGUCUAUUGUUUGUAUGUCUAAACAUUAAAAUCUGAUUUGAUAAAA